AUGACGGUUGGUGAGAGAAUAGAAAGAAAUGAAAGCAAUGAAACAAUAAAAAAUUUCUAUAAGGAUUUUGUAAGCGCCAAAACGAAGCGUCUAGAUGCGAAUCAGAAGAGUAACUUCGCUUUCAAAUUACUGGACAUUUUACCAACAAAGCGAGAGUUGAAACAAUACACUGGUGUCAUUUUAUUCGGUAUAACACUAUGGGCUACUUCAUGGUUCAUCUUUCAAGAGGCGGUGUUGCCUGGUUCGAGUGUUUUCAACUUGGUUGCUAUGGUUGCUGCCGGAUAUGUGUUUGGUCACACUUUAGAAAGAUACACGACGAUCAAUGCGAUGGCCGGAAUGACUUUAGUGGGAGCUUUAUUUAAAAUUUUUGGACACACCAACUUUUUUGACAAUCCUGUUGCAGACACAAUUGAUUAUCAUUUGAGACGACUUUACCCCAUUGUUAUUUUGACGAAAGGACCUCUCGGUUGGAAUUGGCCAUAUAUAAAAAAUAAUUCGAUGAAAGUUUUUCUACUGGCAACUCUACCCUGGAUCGUGGAAUGUUUAUCUACGGCCAUAUUUACUCACUUACUACUCGAAUAUCCUUGGUAUUGGGGUGUUCAUUUGGGUGCUAUACUGUCCUCAGUAUCACCAGCUGUUGUAGUGCCAACUGUGAUGGCAUUCAAUGCCAAAGGUUUGGGCACAAAGAACAAGAUCGCUUUGCUGGUCGCCAACGCUGGCGGUCUGGACACAGCGUUCACAGAAGGGAUGUUCGGUGUCAUCAACAGCGCUAUUUUUUAUCCUUCUCCGCCAGCUUAUAGGAUUGUAAAGGCACUUUUAGCCAUUUUUGUUGGUAUCGGCCUAGGCAUUGGCUGGGGUAUACUCUGUGACAUUUUGCCGGAUCAUAAGGACCCUUUUGCUGCGACGGUACGAAGCCUUCUCAUUUUCGCGGGAGGCCUUUUGCUCACAUACGCAGGUGGAUAUCUUGGUUGGGGAGGAACGUCUGGCGUUGCAAUUAUGGUGUGCGCGAGCACAGCCGCUACACGCUGGGCCCGACGCGAUUGGCCCAUCAACAACAAUACUGUGGCAACGGUGUAUAAAGUGCUUUGGCUGAUAUUUGAACCAAUGCUCUUUACGCUAAGUGGAUACUUUCUUGAGGUCACACAAUUGACACUAAAGGAACUAGGGCUGAUUGUUGCAUGUUUAUUUUUGGCGCUACUAAUGCGGCUGGUGGCGGCGUUUCUGAUAUCUAUUGUGAAUAGAUUAUCAAUAAAAGAAAGUUUAUUCAUUGCUGUCACCUGGAUACCUAAAGCUAUUGUUGAGGCAGUGUUAGUACGAGUGGCUACUGACUCUUUGUGGAAAGACGGAGCUACCGAACAGGAUAAGAAAAUCGCAAAGCAGCAUGCGAAUAUCAUCAUUAUUGCGAUCCUGAUAAUGACUACUUUGGGUUCGGGCCUCACUACAAUUUUAGGCCCAGUUCUUUUGUCACAGGAUUCCAAAAUAAGGGACCGUGAGUUCCAUCAAACACCGAGUCCGAUCCAAUCUCAAGCAUACGAUGUCACCAGGAGAAAAAACACCAGUACUUCAGUACAUUUUAUGGACGAGUAAGGAAAGCAGAUGCUUUACAAUCUAGAUAUUUAAGUAGUAAUUUGAUUUACAUUACUUUAAUCAAUAUAAA